AUAUAAAGUGCCACACUAUUCUGGUGAGGAAGAGACAUUGGAGGACCUGUGAGAACAAAUUUCUCUGAACACAAGACCUAUACAUUAAAUUGCAGAGAUGAGGCUGCUCCUGGCUACACUACUGCUGGCUUCUGUAGCUGUCAUUCAAGCUCAGUGGUACAAUUUUCCAGGGGAGGCUAUCCAGGGGGCAAGGGACAUGUGGAAUGCCUAUUCGGACAUGAAGGAUGCCAACUGGAAAGACUCAGACAAGUACUUCCAUGCCCGGGGAAACUAUGACGCUGCCCAAAGGGGUCCUGGUGGCAAAUGGGCAGCUGAAGUGAUCAGCGAUGCCCGUGAGGGAUGGCAAGGAAAUAGCGGCCGGGGGCAUGAAGACUCUGAAGCAGAUCAGGUGGCCAAUCGCCAUGGCCGUGAAGGAAACGAUCCAAACCACUUCAGACCUGCAGGCCUCCCUGACCAAUACUGAAUCAGUCAUCUUCACUACCCGACUGCCAGAAGAAUGUGUUUGAAUAAAAUAGAUUACCUGCAUUUUUGGAACCUUUGUCUGUUAAAUCAGUGUCUAUUAAAGAAUUACAUUGGGCAUAAAUCCAUAUCGGUAGAUGCAUACAUACUAUUUAGACAUAGAGCCAUCUAGUAUGGUAUACCAUAUGCCAUGACACCUAACAUUUUAAGGUGCAUUCUGAGACUGUAUGUUCUUGCAAUUGAUAUAAGAUGUCAGGUACGUAGACCUUGUUUACAUGGUACUGAACGGAUUAAUUCAGUCAGUGAUCACACAUAAAGGUCUUGUCACAAACUUGAGUCUGAGGAAUCUGAUGAUGACAUGGGAUUUAGACUCUUGAAACUUUGUCUGGACUAAAAAAUAAAGUAUAUGUACGAACUCUCA